UUGCUGAAUUAAAGUUAUAACAACGCUCUCUUAAACAGCGCAAACGGGACCUUCGACGUUUCUUUCCCCUACUAAUGGAUAUGGCGUGAGAAAUUCAAAGAAUUUUCAAUUGUAAGAAGUGGAAUUUCGACGCCGUAGCUUGGGUUUAACCACCGCCGGCGAUCGAACGGUUCAUACCCGAGAAAUAUCCGGGCGAAUUCCUUGAUCCGAGUUUUGUGUUCGUAGAAUUGUUUUUGGCCAUUGUGAAAUGAUGAAUUGGUUUUCAGCUGGUUCUGGUGAUGGCGGGGAUUCGCUCCCGCCGGCGGCGACGUCGUCUUCUCUGCUGGCCGAUUGGAACUCCUACGCCGCCGCUAGAUCCUCGGAUGAGAGUAGCAGCGGUGGCGUUUUCGAUAUUGAAUCUGCUGUUCGGUCCGCCAAUGAGACCGUCUCCGGCACCUUCAGCGUGGUUUCCAAAGGAGUGAGAGACAUACCCGGGAAUUUCCAGUCUGCCACAAGCAGCAUCCCUUCAGGAAAGGCGCUUAUGUAUUUCGGUGUGCUCCUGGCAAGUGGGGUUUUCUUUGUGUUCAUUGCAUUCUCUUUAUUUCUCCCGGUUAUUGUAUUGGUGCCUCAGAAAUUCGCCAUCUGCUUUACUGUCGGCUGUACCUUCAUCAUUGGGUCACUUUUUGCCCUCAAAGGUCCGAAGAAUCAGUUCAACCACAUGACAUCAAAGGAGAGACUUCCCUUCACAUUAGGGUUCAUUGGUAGCAUGGCGGUAACCAUUUAUGUCUCCAUGGUGCUCCAUAGCUAUGUUCUAUCCGUCCUCUGUUCCGUGAUUCAGGUUCUUGCUCUAGCUUAUUAUGCAAUCUCUUACUUUCCGGGUGGAUCCACGGGGCUUAAGUUUAUAACAUCCUCUUUGACAUCUUCGAUUAUGAGGUGCUUCAGCAGGUGACAUCGAUAACCCAACCUCUUUGUUUCUUCUUUAUGCCUUAUGGAUAUUGAACAUAGUUGGAAUGGAAAAGUAUAUGUACCCUUGUGCUCUUGAAGUUUUUGUAUAGUAAAGAUUGUGGCUAUACUUGAGAAUCUACUUUGUGUGCACAUUUUGACAUUCGAAUGCACUUAAGAUGUAUGUGUGAUUUUGAAUUCAAAACUAAUUUUGUUA